AUGAAACAAAGAUUGCCACUUCCUUUUGCAUUUGAAGCGAAAUUGCUGUCAGAACAAAAUGAGUCUAAUUUACUAAGUAGUAAAAUUCAAAGUAGCAAAUUAAUGUAGUAUCGAUCUUCUCCGUUUUAAGCUGAUUUUUGGUGUUUACCAACCAAUGACAAAAAAUAAUUAAACUACGAAAAGAAAAAUGAUUACAUAAGAAAGUUUAUUGAUAAUAUGUUGGACCAUAUUCGAAAAAUAAAAAAAUUAACUAACUUUCAUAUAUCAUUAAUUGGAGAUUAAGGGGCUUCUGAAGAGAUAUUUGCUAAAAGAAAAUCUUCUACACUUCAUCACUUAAAUUAAUAAUAAUUGAAGUUUUUUUUAAAUAUCAAAAAAUCCAUAAUAAAUUAAUUAGAAAAGUUACCUCUUAUUCAUCCUGGCUAAUACAUUAAGGUAAUCUGGGAUAUUAUAGCUGUGACUGCUCGUUUAUACUUUUUAUACAUAAUUCCUAUAGAUUUAGCAUGGGUUAACCAAUAAUUUAUAUUCCAUGAUUUGUAGUACAUUUCAAUAAUGUUUUUACUUAUAUUAGUUUUUGAUUUGUUAUUAAGUUUAAAUACUAUAUAUUUUUAAAAUGGAGAGGCAGUUGAAUCAAGAGUUCACAUAAUUAAAAAUAGUUUGUAUAAUACAUAUGGAUUGUAAUGGUUAUCAGUAUUUUAAUUACUUGUUUAUUUUAUUAUAUCAGCAUUUACAGAUAUAUCUUUGGAUAUUUAAAAUAAUAUAUUUAAUAUAGGCUUACUCAUAUUUUUAGUACAUCAUAAGACAAUAAUUAAUUAUGCUACCAAUUAUGAAGAAGGCUUGAAUUUAUCUAAAUAAACUUCUACUAUAUUGGCUUUAAUUAAAUUGAUAGCAUUUUUAUUCUAUGUUAUUCAUUUAUUUUCUUGUUUUUGGUUUUGGGUAAUCCUAUUCAAUAAUGAUUUUAGGUUGGUAAAUAUAGUGUAGAUAAUUAUGAAGGUAAGAGUUGGUUAGUCUCAACUAAUAUGCUUGAAUAGACUUGGAAUACUUAAUAUCUUCAAGCCUUCUAUUAUACAGCUGUUACAAUAUUUACAGUUGGAUAUGGGGAUGUAACACCUUAGUCAAAUAUUGAAAAAAUAGUCUCAGUUAUUUUAAUUAUGAUAUCAAGUAUACAAUUACCUUACAGUAUUAACACAGUUGGUACAAUCAUAACAGAAAUUUCUGCAUUUUCAGAAGAAAAAAAAAGAAAAUUAAGAAUCAUUAAUUCAUACAUGAAUAAAACUUCUUUGUCAUCUGGCCUAUAAGUUUAAGUAAGGAAGUAUUUAUCAUAUUAUUGGGAAAAUAAAGUGGUUUCUUAAUCUGAAGAAGAAAAAGAAAUUAUUGAUUCUUUAUCUGAAUUCUUAAGGCAAUAAUUGAUAAAUGAAGCUCAUCAAAAUAUUUUUGACUAAUGUACUUUGUUUAGGAUACCUUUUACUGAAUAAUUCAAAAAGCAAUUAAUCAAAGAGGUUGAAGAGGUUCUCUUAUCUCCAGAGUAAGAUUUGAAAUAAUCCAAUGAUAUAUUAUUGUAUUAUAUAGAGGAAGGUUCUGUAUAAAUAUGUUUAUAAUAAGGAAGAAAAAUUAAUCUAGGGAUUGUUAAUAAGGGAGCUUCUAUUGGAAUGAAAAAUUUCAUCACAGGGACUGAGUCUUGUGAAACAUUAAAGAGUGUUGGAUUUACCAAGGCUAUGUUACUUAAAAGAAAGUGUUUCUUAAAAAUUUUAUAAGAUCAUCCUGAAGACUAUGAAUUAUUUUGUUCUAUUAGAGACAAAUUAAUAUUUGAAAAAGAUGAUUAAUAUUUUAAUGUAAAAUGCUUUUCUUGUGGAAAAGAUUCACACAAAUUAAUUGAAUGUCCUUUGAUUAAAUUUAUACCUGAUAAAGAAUUCUUAAUUAAAUAAUAUUUAUAUCCUAAAACUUAAGAAAGAAUUCAUUUUUAAAGAUCUAGAAAGAAGGUUUAGAGUUUAAAUUAAAAUAGAAAAAUAUUAGAAUAAUGUGCAUUAUUAAUUUAGAAGGAUAAUCCCUAAUUAUUUUAAUUAUACAGAUUUGAUAACAUUUUGAAUAUUGAUGAAGAAUAAUUCAAGCAUUAUAUAAAAAAAACUAAUACGAUUCAAAAUAUAAAUAUUCAUAUACCAAAAGUUAAAAAGAAGAUAAUUUCUGUUUUCGAAUAAAAUCAAGAUCCAAUCAAAAAAAAAUUUAGAUAAUUAGUUAAUAAAUUAAUUUCGAUUAAUAAAAUAUAUCCUUAUUUUUUAAUUUAAACAUAUGUCGAAUUUGAAAAGAUAAUCGAAUAAAGAUCUAUUUCAUAAACUCUAUAGAUUUUAGAAUAAAGAUUAAAAAAUAUUUAUUAAUUAAAUAAUAAACGAUUUGAUAUAUAUCUUAAUGAUAUAAACUUUAUCAUAUAAAAAUUAUCCAAUAAAACAUAUAUUGAUGAUUAAGAAUUUGAAAGUCCUAAGACUUAUAAAUAUUAUUUUAGGAAAGAUAAUUUUUCAAUUGUCAAAUAAAAGAACUUUUUAUAAAAUCUAAAUAUAUUAAAAAAAUUCAUAAAUUAUGUUCAAUAUCCAGGAGAUUUAAUUAAGAAAUUUAAUUUAACUUAAAUUGGAAUGUUUUUAGUGAUAAAUAAGAGAAGACAAAACUUUUGUGUUUCAGCAGAUUAGGCAAUUAAGUGA